GUGCAGCAACGAGAAGAUGUCGCGUCGGUAGAGAGACGAUAUGGCAGAGACGUAUAAUUGCAGUGAUACUCUUGAGACUGUUCCCGCGUCUAUCUGCGACGUCGUGCCAUGCAUCGCUCGAGGGCGUACCUGGGUAACCGCGGGCAGCAUCUGGGGCCCAAGCUUGAACAUCAACCUCCAAGCUCCGUCACUCGCGAUACCCUCGACGCCAGCACCCAUAUAUCUCCUCCCCCGUAAACCAGAGGAUCUCCACACAAUACCGCCAUCAUGUCGCAAGUACACGCCCUAUCCGACGACCAGGUCGCCGGCGAGCUGAAGAAGAUGACGGCCUUUAUUCGCCAAGAAGCCAUGGAAAAGGCAAACGAAAUCCGCCUCAAGGCCGACGAGGAGUUCGCCAUCGAGAAGUCCAAGCUAGUGCGCCAGGAACAGGCCUCGAUCGACUCGUCGUAUGAGAAGAAGUUCAAACAGGCCAGCAUGUCGCAGCAAAUCACCCGCUCCACCGUCUCCAACAAGAGCCGAUUACGCAUUCUGUCUGCCCGCCAGGAGCUGCUCAACAAGCUGUUCGAGCAAGCCGAGAAGAAGCUGGGCGACGUUUCAAAGGACAAGAAGAAGUACCAGAGCAUCAUGAAGGACCUGAUCGUCGAGGGUGCCUAUGCGCUCAACGAGGACAAGCUGCAGGUCAAGGUGCGCAAGGCCGACUACGACCUCACUAAGAAGGCCAUCGAGGAGGCGCAGACCGAGUACAAGAAGAACAUUGGCAAGGACGUCUCCAUCACCAUCGAUGAGAGCGACCCACUGCCUGAGGGAUCUGCUGGUGGCGCUAUGAUUGUUGGAACCAACGGCCGAAUCGACAUCAACAACACUUUCCAAGAACGAUUGAAGCUACUCGAGUCCCAGGCCCUGCCAUCCAUCAGGGUCACACUUUUCGGAGAGAACGAGAACAGGAAGUUCCACGACUAAGAAGCUAGCGUGGGCGUCGGUUACUAUGAGCUGGCUUGUGAUCAGACUGGAGCAUUUGGCCGUCACGGAGCACAAGCAGGAAGGAGUCUGCGUCGGACUGGGAGAAUGGGCUUUUGCUGAGUAGACUGUACAUGCACGAGGUCUUGUAGACUACUCGGAACUUUUAGCGAGCUUUAUUACAUGCACAUUACCACAUUGAUCACUAUCCCAGCAAGCAAGUUUCAUUCCUGACAUUAUGGUGAUAUGAAUU